AACUGAGCCUCCCAUCUGAAGGGCCCAUUCUCUGGGCCUUAGUCUCUUUAGCCCACCCUCAUCGGAUGAACAGGAAGCUCCUCCAAGCUCCACCCUGUAGUCAUGAUCUUGAUGGGAUAAGUGAUUUAGGUUCAAGUUCAUGGCCAGUGCUGAUCCACGACCGCUAUGUAGCCCAAAUUCAGCCAUUGCCCAGUUAAAGGCUAAAAAUCUUCUUUCAUGCUGAUUCAUGAACGAAGCCUCUCCUUACGUUUUGCAAGUUUAGCGCCUACAAGGUAAUGGGGGUUUAAGCAUCAAUAUCGAUAGGCGGCUCGAUAUGGAGGUUAACAUGGAAGAUGCUGAUGGGAAUAGAUGCCAAAAACUGGGAAAAUCCUCUUCUUUUUAUCGUAGGAUAUAUUCAGAGGUAGAAGAUGUUGGAUGGGAGCAUCUAGUGAGGAUGGGGGAGGACCUGACAUAUUUGAGCUUCAGGGUCAUUGACAAGAAAGGAAGAGCACACAUUUUGGAAAUAACACUGGAUACUAAUUAUCCAAAAUGCCCGCCUUCAAUAUCAGCUGAUGUCCCUCAUAUCUUUAACUUAGACUGGUCUGGAAACUCGAAGCUCAAGGAUGCUGUGGUGCAAUUUGAACAUCAUGUUGAUAAGCUUCAGGAUUUCUGGUCCACGUUAGAUGAUAUUGACCGGUCUCUUUGGGUGGUUGAUCCCAAGGAUCCACAUUUUGCAAUGUCGUACCGCCAAAUCAACAUAGGAAAUGAUUGCUACAUCACCUUAUCGGUAAAUGCCAGUGAUCCAAGAUCCUUGCCCCAAUGUCGCUUUCUUGGUUCAGAUGCAAAUGUGAACCUUUUGAGAAGGAAAUGGAAAAUAAAUUGCAAAAGAUGGGUCAAAGAUAGAUCAUUUUCUGAAAAUCUGACAAGCAUAUUGGAUAUUGAGCUCCCUCAACCUCCUGAAGUCAGGAAAGAUGAUCGGCAAACUGAAUGUGGGGUUUGUUAUGCCCAAUAUCUGCCCAUUGAUGAUGAACUUGGCUCAAAGAGCGGGAGUGCAACUGACUACACAUGUGAAAAUAACAAUUGCAGUAGGGCCUUCCAUAGUGUUUGUCUUCGAGAUUGGCUGCGUUCAAUUACAACAACAAGGCGGUCAUUUGAUGUUCUGUUCGGGAAUUGUCCAUACUGCUCCAAUCCUGUUGCAGUCAAAAUUAUUAAUAAGAAGUGAUGCUUUAUUUCCUCGUCCUUGAUGUUAUCAAUAUGUAUGAUAUACUUUUGUUGCUCCAUGAAAGCGAGCAAUGGAAACAGGAUAUCAAAAUAAAAGACUGGCGUUUUGAGUGAAGCUGGAAGCUUCAAGCUUCUUUGGAAGAAAUGUCACAAACCUCAAGAAUAAUACCAUGUGAAAUCCCUUCUAAGGAGAACUUUGAAGUGAUGGUUCAGAGUGGGAAAUUUAAUUAGUAGAUAUGUUUUUCUAUCAAUCAAUUGAAUCAAUUGACCCUGUGCUACACUUGGGGACUUUAAACAGCUUAGUUCAUCUCCAAUUUAUGUUCAUCCUGAUAUUAACUGUG